UCGGCGAUAUUGUUGGAUAUUCAUUUGGGUGGACUUGGUGAUUGUCGUUGGUGACGAACAUAUAUCAACACUUGUAUCCAUUAUGAAACCUUCCGUUCGUAUUGUAGUGGUAGGAGACCCUAAAGUAGGAAAAAGUUCCCUAAUCAAAACCCUCAUUUCAGAGAGUUUUGAGGACGAAGUUCAGCCCGUGUUACCUACCGUAGUCAUACCCCCUGAAGUUACACCCGAACGUGUACACGUUUCCAUCGUAGAUACUUCCUCAUCACCUGAAGAAAGACACAAAUUGGAAGAAGAAAUUCGCAAAGCAGACGUUUUGGUUCUCGUUUACGACGUCAGCAAAAGAGAAACACUCGAUAGAGCAAGUUCUUAUUGGUUACCGACGUUGAGAAGACUCGGUGUGACCGUUCCAGUAGUACUUGUCGGAAAUAAAAUAGAUGUAAGAGGAAUUGGAGCAGAUCACUCCUUGGAACACCUCAUCAAACCUAUUAUGGACGAGUUUCGGGAAGUCGAUGUGUGCAUCGAGUGUUCAGCGAAACAAGUUUUCAACAUCGCUGAACUCUUUUAUUAUGCCCAAAAAGCAGUUAUACAUCCAACUGCUCCACUGUAUGACGUUAAUGAGCAUACUCUCAAACCAAAAGCGGUGUCUGCGUUGAAAAGAAUAUUCCGACUCUGUGAUAAAGACAAGGAUGGAGUGUUGAAUGAUGAAGAACUCAACCAAUUCCAAUAUGAAUGUUUUGGAGUUGAACUGAAACCAAAAGAACGCGAAGGUGUCAAAAAUGUCGUUCGAGAUAACACAACAGAUGGUUUGGAUGCCAAUAGUUGCGUCACUUUGAAUGGUUUUCUAUAUUUGCACAAAUUGUUUAUUCAAAAAGGAAGAUUGGAAACCACUUGGGCUGUAUUGAGAAAAUUUGGCUAUGAUGAUGACCUUUUAUUGAGACCUGACUAUGUGAAGUUGGAUAUGAAAAAGGCAGAUGAUCAAUGUGUAGAGUUAUCGGAACGAGCAAGUUGCUUUUUACUAGAUUUGUUUGAUAGAACUGAUAAAGAUAAGGAUGGCAAGUUGUCAGAAGCAGAAUGUAAGGAACUGUUUUCCACUAUUCCUUAUGUGGUUUGGGAUGAAGAGAAAUAUGGAGUUCGCUUAGUAGAACAAGGAGACUCUAAGAUAACAAGAGAUGGCUUUCUGGAUAGAUGGACCUUGUACUUAUUGGAUGACCCGGAAACGGCUCUAUAUUCCUUAGUAUAUCUUGGCUAUGAAACUGAAGUGAAUAGUGCGUACGUUAUUUCUAGGAGAAGGAGAAGAGAUCGACGAUUGAAGAGUGUGAGUCGUCAUGUGUUUCAAGUAUUUGUCAUGGGAAGUCCUGGUUGUGGCAAAUCGAGUAUGUUACGUUCUUUGGUUGGUUUGCCAUUUGUCGAAGAUCAUCAACCUACUGUAAGAAAUAUGGCUGCUUUACGUCGAAUCCUUCUUCCAGAAGAAGAAGGUGGUGGUUAUCGUUCCUUGGCAUUGUAUGAAAUUCCUGAGCAUGAGAUUACGAGCAAACUAUUGAGACUUGUGUCUCCUGAUGGAAAGAAAGGAGAAACCAACAAAACAGAAGCAUCCUUAAACUUGGAAUCCUGUGACGUUGCUUGUUUGUUAUAUGAUAUUCACGAUCCUAAAUCCUUUGCCUAUGCGGCACGUUUAUAUCAAAAUUUGGCUGCUUUACGUCCGUUGCUUCCAGUAGUUUUUGUGGCAACGAAAGCAGAUUUAACUGCCGUUUCUCCUCAUUAUGAAGUAUCACCUGCAGACUUUUGUGACCAUUUGGGUUUACCGCAUCCCGUCAAGGUAUCUUUUCGAUUACAGGAAGAUGCAGAUAUCUUUCAAAUGUUGGUAGGUGUGGGCUUGCAUCCACAGUUAGCUUGUCCUGGUUAUUAUGAACAUUCGGCUGUCGUACAUUAUGCAUUGGUUGUUUCUAAGAUAUUGGCGGCGAGUGCUGCAAUCGGUGCAACGGUUUAUGUUUCCAAGAAAAUUUAUCAAUGGAUACAUUCUCGUGAAUAGUCAUUUGUCUGGAUGUGUUGGAUAAAGAUGGCAAAUGUUUUUUUUUGCAUUUCUCACCAUUCAAUUUUCUUC